AUGGGAACCUUGGUCCAGGUCCCGUACAACCGUUUUGCACGGGCGGGUCUGUUUGGCUUGGAAACUGGGCGUCCGUUCCGUUCCGCUCCUCCAAAGAUACCCCAGGAAUACCCCACGGAUGCUGUCCGCCUCUUUCCUUGCCCGUUCAAGAGCUUGUCCGAGGCCAAGCAGGCAAAGCUGCCCGUGUCGCCGUCGACAAAGUCCACCAGCCAUGCGCGUACCAUGCACCGCCGCCGUCCAUGUCCCGAUGGAGACAUCUCCGGCACCAGAGACACGCCAACCGUCAGGGGAAAGAGGUUGCAGAUGACACGAGACAUUGAUCCGUGGCCAGAGGUGGGCAGAGGGCUCAUUCACCGAUGGCUGGGGGGGGGCGCUGGCUCUAAGCAGGUCUCACUUGCAGGAAAGCAAGAAUCGUUGGUUGGGUCACGGCAUCAGCUACCAACGGCAUUAGCUAGCACGGCAACAGUUCAGCAGCAGUAUCGGGCGCAUCGUGUCGUGGGUGGGGGACAUGCAGCGGUCCGGUCAAGGGAAUGA